CUAGAUUUGAAAAUAGCAGACAAUUUUUUUUUCCUGCUAAAGGCUGGAAAUUUAAAACCUUCAAUUAAACUGAUAACGGUUACUGCACCGAUCAUAAAAUGGAAUAAAAGCCUCUUGAUGCACUUUAUUUGCACUGUGGAAUUGUGUGACAUAUUUUUGCAUCUACGUGAACUGUUUAGUCUGUCUAGACAUUUUGUCAGUUAAUUUCGGAAACUAGGUGAACUACCACAUGAAAUUUACAAAAUGUGUGUAUGUUUUCUUUCAGGGUUUUGACAUCCCUGAUCAAUCUCAGAAUUAUUCGGAUUUUUCAUUGCCGGAUACCUUUAGCGACAAUUGCAACUCAGCAAAAAUUGACCUAAAUUCAGCCACUGACCCUGCUUCAAGUAAAAGGCCUAAUUCCAAGAAUAAUCUAGGACAGACCAGGAAGAAACCAAAGGCUCGGAGAUUUAAUAUUGAUACUCCCUCUGCCAACUCAGGAAAAUCAAUGAGACGGAAGCCAAAGUUAGAUGAAUUCAGACAGCAUAAAGAUUUCCGGAGACCGUUUAUGUACAGGAGAUUAAAAUUACAGAAAAUGAAGUUGAAGACCACACUGACUAAUAAAAACCUGCAGUGUCACAUCUCCUGUACAACUUCUCUGUACAGUGUUGUAAGGCGAUCCAAGGGUCAUGAGUCUGACCUUCAGAAAAAAGAGGGACUUAGGGGUCAUGAGUCUGGCUUACAGAAAAAAGGACCUAACAGUCACAAGUCUGGCUCACAGAAGAAAGAGGAACCGAGAGGUCAUGAGACCGGUCCACUGAAUAAAGAGAGACUUAAGGACCCUAAGUCUGGUCCUUGGCAAAAACAGAGGUCAUCCAAUGAAUGUGGCAGCUCCUCAAAAAUUUCGAUAGAGAAAGGUAGUUCAUCUGAAACUGAGAAGGGAUGUUAUACUGAAACUGAAAGUAGAAGGAAAACUCGAAGCUCUUCUGAAAGUACAUCAAGUUCAGGAACAAAUGAAGCUCUGCAAUCGGUUUCAGCACUUUCAGAUUCCUCAAUCCCAAUGGAGUCAUCAGACGAAACUCAGGAUAAUCAUGUUGGGAAAAUAGUGUUUGCAAGCCUUAAAAACACUGCCAGUAUAUCUAGAUGGUGGCCAGCUAUCGUUAUAGAGGGCAAGGAAGUGAAUAAACCAGAGAAGGCAGGGUUUGUCUGGAUCUUUUGGUUUGGAGACCAUAGGAUAUCUCAGGUUAUGGCCAGUAAUAUAGUGGAUUUUCCAUCCAAUUUUACUCAAUACGGAUUGUGCAAUAAGAUAGUGAAGAAUUGUCCAAACUUUAACAAAGGUCUGAGCGAAGCUAUUCAGAUCUGUGCUGAGAGGGUUGCCAGAGACACAGAGGAUAUAUAUGAAGAGGAACUACUAAUGUGGGCAAAAGAUGGCUUCCCCUCAGAUCAUGGACAUUUCUUGCCUGAUCAAAAUGACCCUUUACCUCUUAUGGUGAAAAACUACCUCAUGAAGAUAAAGGACAAUUUGAAACAUGUAGAAACAUCCAAAAAAAGAUCUCCAAAUAAGAGUGCAGUAAAAGCGCUGAAAGCUGGUGAAAAGGAAUUAUCUGAAAUCUGCCUAUCUUGUGAUGACAUUGAACAUGUGGAGGUUGAGGAUCAUCCUUUAUUCUUUGGGGGACUCUGUAAAACAUGCAAGGAGGAAUGGAAAGAGAGCAUACAUAUCUAUGAUGAUGAUCAAACCAAUACUUUUUGUGUGAUUUGUUCUACUGGAGGAGAUCUUGUCGUAUGUGAAGAUGUAAACUGUGGAAAGUCAUACUGUGUGGAGUGUAUCAAAAACUUUCUAAGUGAAGGGCAGCUCAAAAAAAUAAAAGACACUAAGAUUUGGAACUGUUUUCUAUGUACUACUUACACUAAGCCCACCCAUGGAGUUCUUAUCCCCCGUCCUAACUGGAGGGACAAAACAGUCCACAUCUUUGAUUCUGGAUACAGAACUGAUAUGUCACCUUCAUUUUUCAAAGGUCCCAAACAGACAGUAAGGGUAUUGUCUCUCUUUGAUGGAAUCUCAACCGGAAAGGUGGUUUUGGACAGUCUUGGUUUUGAAGUAGAAACAUACUAUGCUAGUGAGAUAGAUGAAGAAGCCAUCUUGGUUUCUAUGGUAAAUCAUGGAGACACAGUGCAGCAUCUUGGAGAUGUCAGAGAACUUACCCCUGAAAAACUGGAUAAACUUGGAAGAAUUGACGUUUUGAUGGGAGGUUCUCCUUGUAAUGAUCUGUCUAUAGUAAACCCAGCACGGAGAGGUUUGAGUGAAGAGGGGACGGGGUACCUAGUGUUUGAGUUUGCAAGGGUACUGGAGUAUCUACAGUCAAAGUCCCGAGCCCAGGGCCAGCACCUCUUCUGGAUGUUUGAAAAUGUGGCUUCUAUGAGAGCAGAAAUUAGAGACAACAUCAGUGAAUGUUUCAAGUGUCCCCCUGCCUUAUGGGAUGCUAAGUAUGUUUCACCUGCCUCACGUGCUAGGUAUUUCUGGGGGAAUAUUCCUGGCAUGUACAGUACUCCUUUCUUGAAAAAUCCCAACUCCAGUGAGGACUUUCAUUUGAACGAUGUCCUUUAUCUACAGAACAUUAGAUCAUCCAGGUACAAGUCAAUCCGUUGCAUCACUGGGAAAAGGAACUCUCUGAAGCAGGGAAGGAAUGAGGACCAGUUAGUUAUACUGAUGAAUGGGAGGGAAGACAAUAUGUGGAUCACUGAAACUGAAAGAGUAUUUGGAUUUCCAGAGCACUACACAGAUGUAGGAAACAUGUCGGUUACUGCUAGACACAAGCUGAUUGGCCAGUCCUGGAGUGUUCCUGUAGUAAAGGGCAUUCUAUUCCCACUCAGGGAAUUCUUUCUCACCAAAGAUGAUCUCAAAUAAAUGUGAUAAGUAUUUUUAGGUUUUUAUGGUAAUUGAAUAGAAAUGCUUGGUUGAAUUGACUUUUUAUGAACUAAUGGUAUUGAAUGAAAUUUUUAAAAUUAUACUGAUUUUACCUUGAUUCUUGAAACUGUAUUUUCAAUAUGGUCAGUAAAUGAAGUGUUUCAUAAGAGGACUUCUAUCUCAUACGUGUAAAUGAAUUGAGGUUUUUUUUCCAUGAAGUAGUUUUAUUAAAUGAUUUUUUUUUAAAUUAAUAAAUUAAAAUCAUAUGAUGAUCUGUUAUUUAAGAUUCUCUUGCAAUUGUUUUUGUUUUUUUUUAAUGCUUGAAUUGUAAGGCUUUGAAGGGGUUAUGUAUGUGAUAUCACUUUACUGCAAUUUUACUGGAAAGUCUUUGAUUGUUAGUUCAAAUGUGGCACAUUAAAUUAUUGGCGUCUCCUUUUGAGAUGGGAAAAUAAAUACCAGUUUUGUUUAUGUCAAAGUCAGGACCAAAAGCUUUUUAUACUUUCAUUUUUUAUUAUCAUGAUAGAAGUCCUUUAAUUAAAGAUGCUUAAAAAAUUAAAUUCUAAGAUAAUUUAGAUAUUGUGUUGAUUGAUAUACAGUUAUUAAAUUGUGUGAUUUGUGCUUAUUAAAUGUCUGUUAUUGGUUGAUGAAUGAAAUGUUGAAUUCUUUGAUAAUUUAAUAUUGUAUAAUGAUAGAUGAGGAACUUAAUAUUUUGUGGCUUAUUAGAUUUUCAUCAUUUUUAAAAAUAGAAAUAAUUGAUCCUUACUGAUUGGACAAGAUUUCUGUGUUUAUCUUGUGAUAACUAAAGAGGCCAUAUUACCAUUUGUGAUAAUCUAUAUGUAAAGUUAUACAUAUUUUGAAUUUAUUGUGAUUUAUUUGGUAUCUACUUGAUGUUUCCUACUCAAAAAUGGCAUUGGAGCAUUCAGCAGGAUAUAUACAUGUACGUGGGAGGUGUUGCUUUGUAUUUCGAGGUAUUUUAAUGUUUACAUUUAUGGCAGGCAGUUUUCAAAUAUAUUUCUUUUUCACUA